AAAAUNGAAAAAAGAUGUCACAUAUGAACUCUAAAAAUUGCAACGUAGAAAACGUGGUGAGGAGGAGCAACAGCGGCGGCUCGUUCAAGUUCAACGUGGCAGCGCCAGAAUUUGUGCCGACAUUGGCUCCGGCACCGGCUCAGGCCCACGUGCCAAUAACGGGCUUUUUUUAUCCAUGUUUUCAGCCCAUUGAUGGGCCCACUGGAAGUUGGAUUUAUGUGACGGAUCAAGAAGUAACGAUGCCGUUGGUCCAGCCCAAGCCCAAUAAUGAUGAGAAAGUAGGCUCGCCCCAAAAUAAACAACCACCACCUAAGGAAAUUGCCAUUUCUGAGGAGAUUAAGCGCAAGAUAAUCAAACAGGCGGAAUACAUGUUUAGUGACAUGAGCAUGCUAGCUAAUGAAACUCUCGUGAAGCACGUUACCAAGGAUCCGGAAGGCUAUGUUCCAAUGAAUUUCGUCUCGACUCUAAAGAAGCUCAAAUCCAUGAACGUGAACAAUCAGAUGGUGGCGCAGGCCCUUCGUUCGUCUUCUAAAUUGGUAGUAAGCAGUGACGGCAAGAAAGUGAAACGGAAGAGCCCCUUCACCGAGAAAGAGAAAGAGGAGUUACAGAUGAGGACAGUUAUAGCCGAAAACCUACCGGACGACCACUCUCAUCAGAAAAUCGAGAAAAUGUUUAAUGUGGUCGGGAGCAUCAAGUCUAUCAGAAUAUGCCAGCCACAGGAACACAAUGCUUCGCGGUCUAACAAGUCUGAUGUAGUUGUCAGUCAUAAGCUCCAUGCGCUGGUAGAGUAUGAGACUGCUGAAACAGCUGAAAAAGCGGCAGAGAAGUUAAACGAUGAAGGAAACUGGAGGAAAGGCAUGCGAGUGAGGCUUAUGCUUAAGCGUUCGAGUAACCCUCAGCCUAAGACUGUGGUGAAGAGCCGAAAGCCCGAAAAUUUCGAUGCUUGUAUAGACGACAAUGGGUCGAGCCAUCAUUCACCAGAAGAUACCUCUCGGUAUAACACUUCAGAAACAGAGUCGGAUGACAAUUCAAAGAGAAGUUGGAGUAGAAACAGGGCCAAGUCCAAGCACCGUCCUCUUCAGGGGGCCCGAAGCCUGCCCACACCAUCUUCACACUUAAUGGGCUCGUGUCCGGGCCAGCAACCCAAUAAGGGCCCAAGAAUGCCUGAUGGCACAAGAGGCUUCACAAUGGGCAGGGGAAAGCCUCUCAUUGUCCCUGUACUGUCCAGUUAAGGAGCUAAAGGCUAUGGGGAUAUGUUCUAUUUUAUCAUUACUCAUAUUAUAAAGCUUUUACAUGAGACGGAAACUACAUUAAGGGACUGUUUGGCUUCUAGAAUAUUUGGAAUUUUUUUAUUUUGGAGUUGGUGGUUGAUCGUUGUAUAAUUGAAGACGGUGAGUUGACUCGUUUGCUCAGAGGCUUUAGUACCACUUGGUGUUAUUUUUGCUGUAAAUUCCGUUGAAUGACCUUUGAUCGUUUGUUGACCAGCUAGGGAACUUAAGGCUAUCAAGAUUAUUUGUUAUGGUUGUAUACAUUUUUUUUUU